GUCCCGCCCCUCCCUCCCCAGAGGGCGGCGACCAGGCGGCGGCCGCAGCCGCAAGAAGAUGCUGGAAGCGGGCGGGCGCGCAACGCGGAGGUGCUGAAGGGACAGUUCCCGCGGCAGAACUUGCCCCUGAGCGCUCGGGGCACCAAAGCGAUGGAGACUAUCUGGAUCUACCAGUUCCGCCUCAUCGUGAUCGGGGACUCCACGGUGGGCAAGUCGUGCCUCCUGCACCGCUUCACCCAGGGCCGCUUCCCAGGGCUUCGCUCCCCCGCCUGCGACCCCACGGUUGGCGUCGACUUCUUCUCGCGCCUACUGGAAAUUGAGCCCGGCAAAAGGAUCAAGCUGCAGCUCUGGGACACGGCGGGGCAGGAGCGCUUCAGAUCAAUAACUCGAUCCUAUUAUCGCAACUCAGUUGGUGGAUUUUUAGUAUUUGACAUUACUAACAGACGGUCUUUUGAACAUGUGAAAGAUUGGCUGGAAGAGGCGAAAAUGCACGUCCAGCCUUUUCAUAUUAUAUUUCUCCUGGUGGGACACAAAUGUGAUUUAGCAUCACAACGUCAGGUGUCAAGGGAAGAAGCCGAGCAACUAUCAACAGACUGUGGAAUGAAAUAUAUAGAAACCUCAGCAAAAGAUGCUACAAAUGUUGAGGAGUCCUUCACAAUCUUGACAAGAGACAUAUACGAACUUAUUAAGAAGGGGGAGAUUUGUAUUCAGGAUGGCUGGGAAGGGGUUAAAAGUGGUUUUGUUCCAAAUACCGUGCAUUCUUCUGAGGAAGCAGUUAAGCCCAGGAGAGAGUGCUUCUGCUGACUGCAACACGCCAAAGAACUGUCGUAUACAGGCCAAGACGCUACUGGAUACAUGUCAACAUUUACAGGAGAACAACGCAAGGAGUGACCAUCACAAAAUAUCCAGACCCACGGUAGCAUCGUAAGCUGCUGGCUACAGCGCUCUCUGCUCACCAGCUACACGAACAGAGAGGGUAGUCUUCUGAGUUAGGAGGGAAAGCAGACAGCUUUCUUUCUGAAACCAGUGUCUACAAAAUUAGACCCAUUCUCACUUUCUUCACAUAUAGCUGACCUUAGUGUCCAGAUGUGUCAGUAUUAUUCAUCUUUCUUGACAACUGAAAUUGGAUUUUUUUUGUAUACACGAAGUCUGGCUUAAAACAAAUGUAUGAGGAUUAUAUUCUCCUCAGUUAAUUAGUAUUAAAUAUAAAGUGCACCUGAAGGGCCAACGAGAUGACUCAGAUAAAGAAGCUUGCCACCAAAUUUGCAGACCUGAGUCUGAUCUCCGGAACCCCUGUGGUGGAAAGAAAGAACCUAUUUCACUUGGAGUUGUCCCCUGACCUCAACAUGCACUCCGCCAUACACGUGCUCACACAAAUACACAUGAGUGUGUGCAGCAACAUACACCAAAUAAUAUGAAAAAUGCAUAAGGUACAUCUUGCAGGCUGGGGCCAUAGUUCAGUGGUAGAAUGUUUCCUUAGUUUCUGAAAACCUAGAUUUAAUCCCAGCAUCAAAACUGGAGGGGCUGGGGGCAGCGGGCUGUGGUGGUACUUGCCUUUAAUCCCAGCACUCAGGAGGCAGAGGCAGGUGGAUUUUUGUGAGUUUGAGGCUAGUCUGGUCUACAGAGCAAGUUCCAGGGCCAGCUCCAAAGCUACACAGAGAAACCCUGUUUUGAAAAACCAAAACAAGAACAACAAAAACAAACAAGCAAACAAAAACUGGAGGGGGAAAAGGCAAAGUACUUUUAAGCAGUCUCAGAAGUACUGACUAGGACAAAAAUAUAAGUUUUCUUUUCAAAGUACCAGAUUUGCCAUUCUUAGAACAUAAUAAAAUAAAUUUUAUAUUCCUUUUUGUUUCUAGAUUUAUUGGUCCUGGAAUCGUCACUUUUGGCAAUAUUUGUAAGUCCUCAAAGGAGGUAUUUUGAGCAAAUAUUCACAGGAAACAAAAAGGACCACUCAGUAGCAAAUAGUUUGAUGCUAUAAUACACUGUCCAGACUUAGCCAAGGAAAGCAAAAACAAAUUUAGUCAAGAAAAAAAAAUAGUGACAUUUUCAAGAAAAAAAAGCAGUUUAUUUUGAACUAUUGUCAAAAUUAUCAAUAUACAUACAUAAUAAUUUUUCAAAUUUCCAAAUUAUCUUAUUUCCAGUAAAAGUAGACAAGAUGUUCUAAACAGGAAAAAUGGUGUUAGCCACUUGAUUUUAGCAUUCACAUUUAAUUUUCCGACCUCAUCAAUAGAAGGGAAGAUAAACUCAAGUGAAUGAUGUUCAAGUUCAGUUUUUUAAAACUAGUUUGUUUUUUUUUUUUUUCAGAACUUUUCUAUACAGCUCAGACCCACUGCCUCAGUCUCUCUCCCAAGUGCUGGGUAUGUGUCUUUUUUGGCAUGGAGAUUGAGACAGGGUUUUAACUCUGGUCGCCCUUGUUGGUGUUGAACUUAAUACACAGACUAGGCUGGAUUUGAAGUUAGAGAUCUGCCUGUUUCUGCCUUUGAGUGCUGAGGUAAAAGGCAUGUAGCUUAACCAUGCCUAAUUUUUAACUCUGAUCGAACAUUCAUGGAAGGGAUAUUUUGAUCACAGUGUUAAAUACUUUAUAAUGUAUAUAUCUGUUUUAUGCUAUAAAUCGCAGAAGGGUAUCUAAUUACCCAAUGAAAUUGCCUUUUGAGAUUGUAAGUUUCUUAUGCUUAAACUAUAGUAAGUUUAUUUGUUUGAAAACCAAAAUGGCAUAGUGUAACAAGCCAUUUGUUACAUUUAGUGUAACAAGCUUAGAACAAAGCUCUAAGCUUGCCUUUACUCUACUAGUUAGUAUUAGACCAUAAGAAUGUCCUACGAUCUCUUGACCAUCACUCUUCUGGCUUAUACAAUGAGCUUACUAAUUUGAAUUUUAUGGAAUUAUUUUGAAAAUCAAGCAGAUGGUGUUAAAAAGUUUUGAAUGCAGAAGGUAUUUUACAUGUGUGUUGCUGACGCAGCUGCUUCUGGACAUAUUACAUUUACAGUUGAUGAGAAUAUUUCCUUGUGUUCUUUCCUUUUAUUUCUAUGUGGAGGUACCAGAAGAUGGUGUGUGUUUUCAUGGACCCAGGGGAGUCCUUGGCUGGCGCUGUCCUCUAUCCUUCUACCUUGACCCUCUGAUGAAUCACUGUUUCUCUAAAGCAUAAACAAUAGAGAUGAAAACUCUUGGAAUAUUAAUCCACUCAAAAAGUUACAUCUGAAAAUGUUUUAGUGAAUCUUUGAAGUGGGCAUUUAAUUGUAUUUUAAAACAUUAACACUUGAACAUUUUCUAGGUUUGUGUAUUUUUAAUAGUGCUUGUGAAGAGAGUUUGUUAUGUCACCAUGAACAUUUUGAAUAUUUAUAUUGUCAACACUUUUAUAUCCCCAGGCUGUUUAGUGGGAAUGAAUUCAAAUUGCCUCUCCCCACACGAAGCAGUCUAUUUUACUGUUACAAUUCUAAGUCUUACAUUACAGUUUUCCGUCACAUCCAAAGUGGCCUGAUCUAAAAUGCUGGAGAGCUGACCGGAUAAGGUACCUCCUGUACCUGUACUCUACUUGUCAAGUUAAACAACGAAAAUUUAAAGUGUGAGUUCAUUCUCAGUGGACACCUUUAAUAAUAGUAAUGCUGAAUAAAGACCAAGGAUAGGAUGUGAUCUAUAGUCAGAAUAGAAUUAGGAAGCUGGAAGAAGAAAUGAGAAGGUGGAACCCAAAAAAGUUGAUCCUUGUAGGGCAGAAACAUUUAUGUGUGUGUGUGUGUGUGUGUGUGUGUGUGUGCGCAUGCAUUCAUGGUUGAGGAAUGUAAAAGGGUAAGUAAAGCUGGGUCCAGUUGCCUUGAGUUUAUGGAGGAGGUAUUUCCCCACAUCCUACCCCUUAUAGAGGAGGUAUCAACGGUGAGUGAUACACUUGGCAUGGUCACAUACACCUUUAAUCCCACUCAGGAGGCAGAGGCAGAUGGAUCUCUGUGAGUCCUAGGCCAAGCUUGGUCUACAGAGGGAGUUCACAGACAGAGAAACUCUGUCUCAAAAAACCAAACAAACAAACAAACAAACAACAAAAAAAAGACUGCCGAAUGUGUAUACCUAUAACCUCAAAUCUAUCCAUCCAUAUAGUACUGUAUAUAUACGUGUAUGUAUGUAUAUGUGUGUAUAUGUAUAUAUAAUUGGCCUGUUUCUUAUAUAUUGUUAUAGAGGAUGUGAAUGAUAAUGCCAAAACAGUCAAUAUUUGCUCUAGGCAGAAAAGAGUUUGCCCAGGUUUCUUUUUUCUUUAGAUUUUCUCUAUGUAACAGUCCUGGCUGUCCUGGAGCUCACUUUGUAGACCAGGCUAGGCUCGAACUCACAGAGAUCUGCCUGCCUCUGCCUCCCAAGUGCUAGGAUUAACAGUGUAUACCACCACUACCUGGUUGCUGCCCAGAUUUCUUAGAAACCACAUAUACAACUUUAAUCUUAGCACUCAGGAGGCAGUGGUAGGUGGAUUUCUGUGAAUUUGAGGUCAGCCUAGUCUACAGAUCAAGUUCCAGGACAGCUAGAGUUGUGUGGUGAAACCCUGCCUUUAAAAAAAGACAUACUUUAUUUUAUAUCAUUACUAUCUUUAUUUACUCUUAUUAAAAUUUAAUACUCUAGAUGCUGUAGCUAAUUGCCAUUAGAAUUUUUUUUAAAUGAACAAAAAUCUACUCAGUGUAUAAUAAACUUAUACCUAAUUGAGACUGCUCAUCCACAGUGCUAAUAAUUUCAGAACAUGUAAUGGCAUGAUGGUUCAUUGUAUGUAAACUGAAACAAAAUGUCCAAGUGAUCAGAAUGCUCUUCAAAUGUGGUCUUUAUGUUCUUGCAUCACCACAGGAGCAAGUAAGAGAGAAUUUUUAAGCCUGGAAACCUGAGGAUUUACGCUUCCAAAAGCAUCAAGCAACCAAACACAAUCGUGUAUUAUUAUUUUUUUUUUUUUGAGACAAGUUUUCUCUGUGUAUCUCUGGUUGUCCUGGAACUUGCUUUGUAGGUCAGGCUGGCCUUGAACUCACAGAGAUUCUCCUGCUUCUGCCUCCCUGAGUGCUGGGAUUAAAGGCAUGCACCAGCACUGCCCAACUACAAUUGUGUAUUGUUAACACACCUUUAUUGAGCUUUACUUCAUCGAAAAACUGGAUCUAGAUUACUAAAAUAAUUUUAAGAAUGAUAUUGUCUGUUUCUAUACUUUUUGGUUCAAUGAAGGGCCUAACUUCUGCAAUUUCAGAGUGCCCUGUAUUUGAACAGUUCCUUAGAUCUGAUCAAGCAGAAAGAAUGAGCUAAAGACUAAAGACCCACUGGAAAGAGUUCGAUUGGAAAUUCAAAGGAAACAUCACUUAGAGCCAGAUCCUUUAUAUUUUAAAAUAGUAGUGUAGCAGAGCCAGGGGUGGUGGUACACAGCUGUAAUUCAGAGACAGCAGGGUCACUACUACAGAGCAAAAUCUCCUAUCAGUCAAUCAACAGUAGAAUAGAAAUCCCACAGCUGGACUGAGCAGUGAUGGCGCCUGCCUUUAAUCCCAGCACUCAGGAGGCAGAGACAGGCGAAUCUCUGUGAGUUCGAGGCCAGCCUGGUCUACAGAGCUAAUUACAGAACAGGCUCCAAAGCUACACAGAGAAACCCUGUUUUGAAAAAUCAAAAAAAAAAUCCUCUAGUUGAUGAAUAGUCAUUUAUGCUUCAGAGCCUUUCUGAACCUCAAAUGUUUCCACCCAUCUUCUCCUGGGCAACCAAUCUUCACCUGUGAAGUAAGAAACAAUCCUCUUGAACCUGAAUGAUGUGCUGUGUGACUUGAUGCUCCUUGAUGACACCAGUAACUGAAGCAAGGAGACCUGAGUCAUGGGCGGUGGCAGUCUGAAUCAGGCACUACUCAUUCUAGUUGGUUUGCUGCACACAGUCACACUAAAACAUAAAAUGAAGAAGUUUUAUGAAGACAUAUCACAAAAGAGUACACGUUGUUAACUCUCUGGGUAGAAUUUUUGUGCCUAAUAAAGUAGUGCCUAACACAUUGUUGUAACUGUGACAUCCAUGACUACUAAUGUAGUUAUGGUGUUGAAUUAUGCCUUCUAUAUGUGAAUUCCACACUUGGAAAUUUGUGUUCCAUAUAUUUAAUUUUAAGAAUACAUUCCAUGGAAGGAUAGAUGUUUGCUAUCCUAAUUUCUUGUUGUUUUUUUUCCCAGAAUGACGAGAAAAGUAAAAUAUGGUAUAAACUUGAUGUAUGUUAUUAAUGCGACCUGAUUUAAAAUAGUAAAGAUUGUCACGGAAGCCUUCAAAAGUGUGAACUAAAAUAACCCUUUCAACAAGUUAA